UGUCAAGUUUAGUCGCUAGCUGCAGUCAUGUUUUGUGAGAAGGCAGUCGAGCUAGUCAGGGAGCUUCACCGAAUGGGCGAUGGACAGUUGCCUGCUUUUAAUGAAGAUGGCAUUCGCCAGGUACUUGAGGAAAUGAAAGCUCUGUACCAGCAGAAUCAGAGCGACGUGAACGAGGCGAAAUCGGAGGGCAGGAGCGAAUUGAUCCCGACCAUCAAGUUUCGUCACUGCUGCCUGUGUAGAAACCAGCGGUGCAUUGUUGCAUAUCUUUAUGACCGACUCCUUCGCAUCCGAGCUUUGAGGUGGGAGUACGGGAGUGUUCUGCCAACAGCCAUCCGGUUCCACAUGUGUGCGGAGGAGGUGGAUUGGUUCAACCAGUACAAGAAGUCCCUCGCGACCUAUAUGAGGUCCCUGGGAGGAGAGGAAGGACUGGAUAUCACCCAGGAUGUGAAGCCACCCAAGAGUCUGUACAUUGAGGUUCGUUGUCUGAAAGACCAUGGAGAGUUCGAGAUUGAUGAUGGCACAGUCAUUCUUCUGAAGAAAAACAGCCAGCAUUUUCUUCCACGGUGGAAAUGUGAGCAGCUGAUUCGUCAGGGUGUCCUGGAGCAUGUCAUCUCCUGAGCCAGUCAAACAACUAUGUUUUUUUAUGCCAGCCAGCAUAUUGUUGCUGUAAUGUAUGAAGUCUGCAUUACAGGACCA